AUGAUUGUAAGAAUUGGUGAUGAAAGAAGACAUCUGAGAGAUGAGCAUGUCAAGAAACUCAAAGAAUUUAUAUUGCUUGAGUAGACUCAAAGUAAUUACAGAGAAGUAGUUGUUGAUACACUUGUCAAGUGCAUUUAAAAUCUCCCUCAUAAAGUCAUGCUUUACGCUGCACUCAUUACUCUCAUUGGCCAAGAGGACCUUGAACUCGCCACUUAAAUUGUUUAGGAACUCUUCGAUACAUUGAAGUUGUCUUUGUUUAGCACCUAGCAAAAUGCUACUCAUGCUAAAAGUGUUCUCAGACUAAUUGGUGCUCUCACAAAUUACAAGUUAAUAGAUUCGAAAUUGACUCUUGAAAUUUUAUCAAAGAUUCUAGACUGCAGCCAAAGCAAAAACUUCCAUAUAUCUUUAGAUCUUAUUCUUGUUUCAGUGAUAUUUGCUCUACAAAUUUCAGCAGAAGUUUUAAAUCAAGAAUAGACUUAAGAGUACAGAAGUUUCUUCGAAAAGUUAAGAGUUCAAAUGAAUGAUAGAGCUAACAAUAAAUCUAGCUCUUUUAGGGCAUUGAACCCUUUGAGGAAAUCUUAAGAUCAAGAUACAAUCAGUUUACUUUGGGAAGAAUUUAGGCAAAAUUAAGAUUAGAUAAUAAACUAUCAAUCUAUCCUUAUAAGUGUUACUUCAGAAGUUGAGACUCAACUGAAAUUAUCAACCAAAAGGAUUAAUCAUUUGAAACUUGACAGUUUACUGGACGAAUCGAACUUAAAUGUUGAGGGAUUUGUACUUCGAGAUGGAAAGAUCGAAUAAAAAUCAUAGUAACUAAAAUACUAUUCUUCUAUUCCUCUCAAUCCUACAAAGGUAAAACUUAAUUAGAGAGUUGAGUAAAUUUUAUAUGAAGAUUUGCUAUCCUAAGUUCUCUGCUCUUUCUCUGAUUCUCAAGAAAUGACUGCCCAUAAUCUUUGGUCUCUCUACAUAGAUGAAAAGUUAUAAGAAUUUCAUCAGCAAAUGAUAUUGAAUAGCAUCUUUACGUCAGCGUUCAAGCUUCCAUAAUCUCAUACUCUACCAAUAUUCUAUGCUCAGGUAAUGAACACUAUAAUUAGCUAGACUAAAGAUUCUGCCAAUUUUAAGAAGAUUCAAGAUCACUUAGAACUGUGUAUUAGUCAUUACUUCAAGCAAUAUGAAAAUUUAGACUCUGAAAUUUAAGAAAGAUUAAUGGAAUUCACUAGCUUCUAUAUCAGUUAACUUGACUUCAAAUUCGAUUUGCUACUAGAGAAAUUUGUGAAUUAAGAUGUAGAUGAGGAAAUAUUGAAGAAGUUAUUUAUUGUAUUGGUUAGAAUGUCCUUUACCAAAAAGGUUCAACAACAAAUUGAUGAAAAGUAUCAUCAUUUGUUGCCAGAAGACCGCCUAUUCUAAGAGCCAGUAUUGAAAUAUUGCAAUGAAUCUUAAGAUAACCCUGAUGCUUAAAUAAUCUUGGAUAAAUUAAAUAGCAAAGAAACUCCUAAGAACCUCUUUGAAGCAUUGGUUGGUGAACAAUCAAAGCUGGAAGCAACUGGUGAAUAACUCAAGGAGAUUUUCCUUGAGUGUAUAAUGGCUAGAACUAAGAAGAGUCUAGAGCAUCUCAAGAGGUUCAUAGAGAUUUACUAUCAUGAAAUAAUUAAGCCAUUCUUUUUGGGAACCACAAUUGCUGAGAGUCAAAUUACACUAAUGAAGAGUGUCUGCCAAAUGUGGAUUAACAAUCCUAGGAAAAAUUUACAAAUUAUUGAUAAGCUGUUCUCUCUUGGCCUAGUAAUUCCAAAAUAUGCUGUUUAAUACUGUCUCGAUUCACUCAUAAGAAAAAUAUCAGAGAAUGAGGAGUUAAGUUAAGAUUUAAUUGAAUUCAAGAUUCUUAAUAAUCUAUCUCAGUUAGUCAACCAAAGAUAGUAAUAGAUGUUUACACUAUACAACCAAAAGGAUAUGCCAUAAUCUUCUAAAGAGAAGAUGUCUAUCGAUGAGGGAGCCUCUACUCACCAGCAUUUAGAUCUCUCAUAUUCAAAGAGAGUUUAAAUUAAGAAUAAUGAAGAUUUCAUCAAAGAAUUCGAGCAAGGAUAAAAAGAAAAAGAAGAAACUCUCACCCUCAUUUAGAAAGGGCUAUUUGACCUUGUAGAUAACUCAGAGAAUAAAAUUGUUGCAGAUUAGAGUAUAAUAUUGCUCAGAGCUCAUUUGACUAUCUUGAAUCCUACUUUUGUCAUUACUAAUGCCAAGUCAUCGGCCCUUUAGCAAGUUGUAGAUACUUUGAAAUCACUUUGA